AUGGAUUUCCUACCAUGUUCGGCGGCGGGCAUACUCUGCUUAACUGCCUAUAUCGUAAUUAAGCUCGUCUACCUCUUCAUGGUUGAUAAAGUGCAUGUUAUCCGAAGCACCACCAAGUCUCGUCUCAAGUCCAAAUUGUACGUCUUCAAUUCGUUUGUCGUGCUGGCUAUAUACGGCAUUGUAGCCGCAUUCAACUUUGCCUCCCGUGGAUUCCGAUACGACGAGGAGGAUGACAUUUGCAUUAUUGGACUGGAGCGAGCCAUCAUAUUGCCUGUCAUUCUCUUUGACGCUGUCGUCAACGUGUAUCUGACAUUUUUGUUCUUGUUUCCGCUUCUUAGACUCCACUCGAUUCAAAUAUCGAUGAUAAGGCCACAGACGGUGCAUGGGAAUACUCUUCCCCUCUCUCGAGUUCCACCCAACGUAAGGUUACGUAGGCUCGCGUUACGAACUUUUACCGGUGUUCUCGGCACAUUGGCCAUUAGCGUCGCGAACCUCUCAGUGUUAGUAGCUCUGGGAGGCGAAAUAGUUUGGGUUUGCUUCACUUGUUGCAACACCGACAUUCUUUUCACGGCUUUUGUCAUCCAUUGGAUCAACUCUGGCGGUAAAGCGACCCCGAAAUCCAACGUUGAAGUUGCCCAGACUCCAGCCCCGCCACCACCAUCGUCUGAGCUCGACGAAGAAGAAGUUGUUAUCCACACCGAGAUAUACGAACAUCGACGAAAGCCGAGCGAGGAAUCCGUUGAACCAUAG